CCCCACGCUCCAAAUCGAGAGAAGCUCCAGAAAUGGCGCUACCGAGCAGCACUCCUCUCCUUCCCGCUUCCCCUCACCCGUCUCCCUCGCCGAAGCCGACCCUUCUCCCUCCUCGCCUCUCCUCGGUUCGCCUGCAACCGCGGCUCUCUCUCUCCCGUCGCCGCCGCUGCCGCCGCUUUCUCGAGCGGCCGGCCGAGAGGAGGAGGAGCGGCCGGCGGCUCUGGUGCUGCUGCUUGUCGUCCGGCAGCUCCUACGAAGUCGGAGGGGCGUACCCGGACGAGGAGCUCGACCCGCAGGACCGGUUGGGGGCGACCCAAGAAGGGAAUCAGAAGGUGGACAGCGCCCAGUAUGAGGCUCUCCUCAAGGGAGGCGAGCAAGUCACCUCCGUCCUCCAAGAAAUGAUCACCCUCUUGGAAGAUAUGAAGAUGGAUGAAGCAUCUGAGAAGGUUGCAGUAGAAUUGGCUGCACAAGGAGUCAUUGGAAAAAGAGUUGAUGAGAUGGAACCGGGGUUUAUGAUGGCCUUGGACUACAUGAUCCAACUUGCCGAAAGGGACCAGGAUGAUGAGCGUAAGUCUCUGUUAGAGGUGAUCAAGGAGACUGUGCUAGCUCAUCUAACAAAGAAAUGCCCCCCACAUGUUCAAGUGAUUGGCUUGCUUUGUAGAACACCGCAGAAGGAUAGCAGGCAUGAACUUUUGCGCAGGGUGGCUGCUGGGGGCGGGGCGUUUAAAGGUGAAAAUGGCACCAAAGUUCAUAUUCCAGGAGCAAAUCUUAAUGAGAUUGCAAAUCAGGCUGAUGAUUUGCUGGAGACAAUGGAAACUCGGGAUAUUGUUCCUGACAGAAAAUUACUUGCAAGGCUUGUGUUGAUAAGAGAAGAGGCAAGGAAUAUGAUGGGUGGAGGAAUACUGGAUGAAAGAAAUGAUCGUGGGUUUAGUACUCUCCCUGAAUCAGAGGUGAAUUUCUUAACCAAGAUUGUAGCAUUGAAACCAGGAAAAACUGUACAGGAGAUGAUAAAGAAUGUAAUGGAAGGAAAAGAUGAAGGUGCAGAUAAUAGCCCGGAAGAAAUAAGCGGUGAAAAAGUUUCAGGUGGCAUCACCGGAAGGGCAAGUCUUUCUGGACGCAGACCACUUCCUGUACGGCCUGGCAUGUUUCUAGAGACUGUCACUAAGGUGUUAGGCGGUAUAUAUUCCGGCAAUGUGUCUGGCAUCACAGCCCAGCACUUAGAAUGGGUCCAUCAGAAGACACUUCAAGUUCUUCAGGAAAUAGCAUUUUAGAGAGCCUCAAGCACAAUGGUUUAAUUAAAUGGCCAAAUUGGCUCGAGUUUUGGAAGAGCAAAUGAACAAAUCAACAUCAGAGCAUUGGGACUGUAGCAUCUCAAAUCAGAAGAAGCGGUUUAAACUCACAAUUUGCUGUGGCGCUCAUCUCUUUCCCCCCAUGCUUUAUAUGUUCACGGCCACAGAUGUCAUCGAUUAUUGAAGCACACCCUCCAUUGCUAUAAUCAGCCAGUUACCCUUGAGGGGCUUGACCUUCCGAUAAAGUUUCUUGCUAGUGCUUUCAAGCCAAGUUUGUUUCCACCAUAAUGUCAACGGUUUCGCUUAAAACAUGAUAAUCAUCUCUUUUCUCUUCUCAUGUGCAUUCCACUCGAAAAUCACAUCAAACGAGAUCUGUACUGUUAAGAUCACUAACCAGUUCCUACUGGGACAAAUUCAAUCAAUUUUUGUUUUCAA